GCAGCUAAUGUGGAAGGACCAAAGAACCACUUAUGGCUCCAGCGCCACAAGUUGAAUACCCUUAGCCUAUCCCAUAAAAUGUCCGCAAUGUAUAAAAUUUAAAGUGCCUGAACUCUUUUGCAAGCAAUUUUAUUACACAAAUGAAGAUCUACCGUAAAGAAUUAAAAUCACCAACUGUAUGCAAUUGCUAAUAAUUUUUUUUGUCAGGUUAUUUCUCCCAGAAAGUUCAACCUGACAAAGUGUUAAGUCGACCUUGAGUUGAUCAAUUAGUAACUUUUUUUCCCCCACGUUGAAAUGCCUUUCCAGAGCAGCAGCAGGAACUGUCACUGGACAGCAUCAAAACCUAAGCAGAUGACAGAUCGGACAGAUACAUCUGUCUGAAAAAAAAAAAAAAAUCAAAUAAAACCUGCUUUAACAUCUGCUGCUGCAAACAUGGAUGCCUCCAGUGACAGGCUUUUCUGCUGUAGAUGGGUCCGCAACAAGGUUCCCACGGCCUGCAGAGACGAGCUCUACCACAUCCUGAGGAUGACGGGGCCUCUGCUACUCUCCAGAAUUCUCCAUUACCUGCUUCCAUUUGUUGUCACAAUGUUCUGCGGGCGCCUGGGAAAUGAUGUGAUGGCUGGUUAUGGAUUAGCCUCCGCAGCCAUUAACGUUACCACGGCAGCCACGGGAUGCGGUCUGGGACUGGCAUGCGACACGCUGGUGUCCCAGACAUUCGGGGGUAAGAACCUGCUGCGGGUGGGAGUGAUCCUGCAGCGGGGGAUCAUCAUCCUGAUGCUGUUCUGUCUGCCCUGCUGGGGGCUGCUCAUUAACGCCGAGGCCAUCCUGCUGUGCUUGGGGCAGGAACCCGAGGUGGCAAGAAUAGCCCAGCUGUAUAUGACAGCUUUUAUUCCUGCAGUACCAGCCAUGUUUCUGUAUAACCUUCAGGUGUCCUACCUGCAGAACCAGGGAAUAAUCAUGCCCCAAAUGUACACUGCUUUGUUGGCGAACAUUGCCAACCUGACAACAAACUACGCCUUCCUUCACUGGAUGAGUCUGGGCGUAGCUGGUUCUGCAGCGGCCAACACUCUCUCACAGAUUUAUAUCUGUGUUUUUCUGUUUGCCUACAUUUGGUGGAAGAAGCUACAUGUGAACACAUGGGGAGGCUGGUCUGUGGAAUCGCUGCAGGAGUGGGGAUCCUACAUGAAGCUGGCCAUCCCCAGCAUGUUGAUGGUUUGCUUUGAGUGGUGGGUGUAUGAGUUUGGGGGAUUCUUUGCAGGAAUGCUGAGUGAGGAUGAGCUGGCAGCCCAACAUGCUGUGAUAAUGAUCGCUUUCAUCACUUACAUGUUCCCUCUUGGAAUUCAAGCUGCGGCCUGUGCGCGUGUGGGUAACGCUCUGGGUGCAGGAGACACCGCCAGAGCUCUCCUCGCUAGCAAGCUGUCGCUCAGUCUGGCAGUUUCCUUUGCUCUGGUUGAAGGCGUUGUGCUUGGCUGCACUAAAACAGUCAUCGGCUACAUCUUCACCUCUGAUGAGAAUAUUGCGAGAAUCGUGUCAGACCUGAUGACUGCAUACUGCUUCCUCCAGCUCUUUGACGGCCUUGUGUGUGUGUGCACCGGCAUCUUCUUGGGCACAGGCAAACAGAGGAUACCAGCUGUGGCGAAUUUCAUUGCAUAUUACUGUGUGGGGCUGACAAUGAGCGUGGUUCUGAUGUUUGUUGCAAAGCUGAGAGUUUUAGGCUUUUGGCUCGGGCUGCUCAUUUGUGUUGUCCUGCAUUCCACUUUCUACAUUAUUGUGAUCUUCAGGCUAAACUGGAAGAAAAUGACAGAGGAGGCUGUAAAACGGGCCAGGAAAAAGACUCACCUGACUCUGUUAGGAGCAGAUGACCCGUCAGACAACAGCACAGCUAACGGUCAAGCAUCAAACAAUGGAAAUUCCACCGAUGGGUACACACCUGUGAAAACCCAGCAACAUGACGGGAACAGUGAGACACGGGUUGAGCAAGAGGUGAGACAGCAGAAGAGCGGCCACCUCUCCACCACCCAGCUGAUCAUCAGGCGAGGCCUCACCAUGGUUACGGCGCUGGCCUUUCUGGCGGUGGGAACAGCCGUCCACUUCCUGGUCCCCUUGCCAGAGAUGGGAACCAACUCUACUCUUGACGGGAUCAACACAACAUUUACUCCUCAUACAACUUCUUCACCUGUCCUCUUAAAAUGAAAUAUGGUAUCUUAAUUCUCAGUCAGAUUUGAAUAUUUAUGGACUGUGAGCCAAAGGGUAAAAAGUGCUUUCAGAUUUUUUUUUUUCAAAAUGAGGAGAAUUAAUAUUGUUAGAAAUAAAAUAGAAUGUUUUUCUCCAAGAUAUUUCCAUAGACACUUUAUCCUGCUUAGGACUUUAAGAGGUUAAAUGGAUGAUCACAUUUGUCACCUAACAAAAGACGAACUUAACCUUGAUGAUCCAUUAUGCAGAGAUUGUGUCAUGCUUGUGAUUAUGGGACUCCUCAAAGCAACUAUAAAAAUACCAAAACCUGACCACAAGAAAAUGCAUCUCUAUUUAGCCUGUAAUUUGUAAAAAAAAAAUCUAAACACUUGUUUUAUUUGAGCCAAUAAAAACUAGUUGUUUUAAGUUGA